CGUUUUAUGUUUCAACUUGCAACAAUGUCAUCUAACGCAAGGGCUCUUCGUUUACUAAAAACAAUUGAUUAUCUAACAACUCAAUCUACGUUAACGUCAUUUGAAAAAUGUUCAGUCUUCAAUAAGGUAAAGCUGCAAUCUUCAUCGAAUGGGUCUUUGAAGGGAUCGUUUGUUGUGGAUAAAACUAUGUGUAACUUUGCGGGCGGGCUCCAUGGAGGUUACAUUGCGGCUAUUAUCGACGUCCUGUCAUUUUACACACAGCUUACGACGCCCGACGGCAAAGCGGCAUAUACUACCAAUAUGAAUGUCAACUACGUGAAAGCAGUGGGCGACGGGGAACAAGUAAUUGUGGAAACCAAAACACUUAAAAGCGGCAAGUCUGCGUUAGUUGAAACGUAUUUUCAUAAUGAAAAAGGAAUCCUUUUGGCAAAGGGAACAACAACGUUUCUGGCUGGUGGCGAACCGUUUCAACAACUUAUGAAGGAUACCUUGCAUUUUGAUGUGAAUGAAAAUUAAAAAUUAGUGUUUUAGAAAAAAAAACAUUGUAUUUUUAGGAAAAAAAGAAACUGGUAUACUUAGCUAUGGUGAAAUAGGUUAUGGUAAUUAAGACAAAUGGUCAGUAUUUGUAUUUAAAAAUAAAUGAGUGCCGUUA